GAGAGAGAGAGAGAGAGAGAGAGAGAGAGAGAGAGAGAGAGAGAAUCUGCUCAAUGAUUAGCUCUCCUUAGUUUUUUUUUAAUGAAACACACCCUGGUCAGUUGUAGUGAGUUGUAGAAGUGGUGUGUGUGUGUGUUUGGAUGUGUGUGGAUGUGUGGAUGAUAACAGAGGUUCUUUGGUUCUUCUGGUGCACUAGAGUGAGGAACUCGGGCAGAUCAGCAUGAUGUCCUAUAUGAAGCAGCCUCAGUUCGGGUUAACGCUGCCGGCUCCCGGGAUGGAGCUUCUGCACCCCGCCGCCUCUUUCCCCGCGACUCCGAGAAAGCAGCGUAGAGAGCGCACCACCUUCACCAGAACUCAGCUGGACAUUUUGGAAGCACUGUUCACGAAGACUCGCUACCCAGACAUCUUCAUGAGGGAGGAGGUGGCCCUGAAAAUCAACCUGCCCGAGUCCAGAGUUCAGGUCUGGUUCAAGAACCGGCGUGCCAAAUGCCGUCAGCAGCAGCAACAACAGUCUAGCGGGCAACCCAAGCCCCGCCCUCCCAAGAAAAAGACUUCGUCUCCUCCCCCAGAGAUGCCCUCAGAUCUGGGAAACAUUUCAGUGGCCCCACCACCUCCUCUUCCACCUUCAACCCUAGGGUCCACCCCCGUGUCUGUUUGGAGCCCCGCCUCUUUGUCGCCUCUUUCUGACCCUCUGUGUGGUUCAGGUACUGCAUGCAUGCAGCGUCCAUAUGCCAUGAGCUAUGGGCCAAUGUCCUCCUACAGCACAGGAUUUGGCUCGUCUCCAUACUUCGACUGUGGCCCUUACCUAUCGCCCGUUACCUCUCAGGAGGCUCUCUCACCCCUUGCAGUGCCCUCUGUAGGCACCUCACUAAGCCAGUCACCCUCGCUUGCCUCACAGGGUUACGGCAUCUCGGCUUCGCUCGGCUUCGACUGCCUUGACUACAAAGACCAGCAGGCCUGGAAGCUCGGCUUCAGCACCGUCGACUGCCUCGAUCACAAGUUCCAGGUGUUGUAGGAGCAUGCGGAUAAAAGGAAUGAAAGAGAAAAAGAAACGAUUCACAGCAGAGAAGAAGAUACCACCUCGGCUGCAAAUUCAUAAUCCAGAGCGGUUUUAUGGACUGAUUCAAGAGAUCAUCUAUUUUUUAAAAAGAUGGUGGCUGCAUUUUGAUGAUUGGUUGACAUUCUUGCUCAAGAACUUACCUCACACACAUUCACUGGUUUAUAUUUAUAUACGCAUGAAGUCUUAGUCAAGUCUCUGCCUAGCUGUUCUUACGUACUUCUAGUUUCUCUCGACUUGUUUGAGUUCACUCUUCUAGAAAGCUUUACAAAUGAUCGUCUUGUGCUUUUAGUUUGCUAAUAGUGAUCAACUGCUGAAUUAUUAAAAAAAAGUGAUGGAAUUUGAUGUAGUUGUCAUUAAAACUGAGUUGUUGCUAAAA